AUGAUUUCUGACAAUAAACUUGAAAGUAGUAUAAGUGAAGUUGAGUCUACAAGUCUGCAACAAUUUGAUAAUAAUGAAAAUCUCAAAUUGGAUGAUGUUACACCAAAAUUAACCAAAAUGUGGUUCAGGUAUCCACAUCUCUUGAAAUUGAAUAUUUAUCUUUUGAGUGCUAUUUUUGCGUGUAUUACUUACGGCUAUGAUAGUAGUAUGAUGGGUAAUUUACAGACAUUACCAAGCUGGUCUAAAUAUUUCGACAACCCUUCUGGUGACGUACUAAGUACCAUGAAUAACGGUGUUUCAAUAGGGGCGUUGGGUGCGAUACCUUUUGCUGGUUUUAUUAAUGAUCGUUUCGGAAGAAAGACCAUAAUUAUUGUUGGUACCUCUUUAACCAUUAUUGGCUCAGCAUUACAGGCAGGUGCAAUAAAUUAUGGAAUGUUUCUUGCGGCCCGUAUUAUACUUGGAUUUGGCGUCUGUCUUUCAUCGGCCGGCGCUGGUCCUUUAUUGACAGAGACAGCUUACCCAUCUCAGAGAGCGGCAAUGACAAGCUUUCUAUACGCCAGUUUCCUGGUGGGCUCGUUCCUAGCUGCAUUAUUUACCUGGGGCCCAUAUAUAUCGAGCAUGAAAUACAACAAUUGGUCUUGGCGCUUGCCUUCAUUGCUUCAAGCUUUAUUUCCUGGUAUUGAAUUGAUUUUAGCCAUCUUAGGUCCAGAGUCUCCAAGAUGGCUAAUUGCUAAUGAACAAUACGACAAGGCAUUUGAAGUUUUAACAAAAUAUCAUGCUGGUGGUGACAAAGAAAGUCCAUUAGUGAAAUUUGAGAUGGCUGAAAUCUCGGCUGCAAUUGAUAAAGAGAAGCUUGGGGAGCAAUUCACCUGGAAUGUUUGGUUCAAAACAAAGGCAAAUAUGCAUAGAUUAUUUCUUUCAUUAGUAGUGCCAUCGAUGCAGCAGUUAUGUGGCUCAUCACUUACAGCUUACUAUUUCCCAAUUGUUCUUGACAAUAUUGGAAUUACUGAACCUGUUGAAAAAUUGAAGAUAAACCUUGGUUUGACCAUUUAUGGAUUAGCUUGGUCUCUAACAUUUGCAUCAAUAUGUGGAAAACUCAAGCGCAGAAAGUUGUUUAUAACAAGUUAUCUCUGUAUGUCUUUGAUGUUCAUCGUUUGGAUUGUUUUAUCUGCUGUUAAUGAACAAAUGGACUUCAAAAAUAAAGCAAUAGGUAGAGCCAUUAUUGCAAUCAUUUACUUUCAUUUUGGUUUCUAUCACAUGUCGUCUCCAAUAGGUACAACAUAUGUUAUGGAAAUUGUGCCAUAUGCAUUAAGAAGUAAAGCGUCUACCCUCUACCAAAUGUGUACCAAUGGGUGGAUCUUAUUUAACAAUUAUGUUAAUAAUUUAGGUAUGGAUGCGAUCCAAUGGAGAUACUAUAUUGUCUUCUGCGUGUGGCUAGUUAUUCAGGCUACGAUAGUGUACUUUUUUUUCCCUGAAACAUUUGGUUUAGGAUUAGAAGAAAUGGCCCAGGUUUUUGGUGAGGAUAUCUCAGACAUGCAAUACGUAGCAGAUAAAGCAAUCGUAGUCAAGCAAUCGGAGGAACAUGCAUCAAAAAGUAGGGUUUACCACAUAGAAGAUAAACAGUUAUAUAACUCAAAGGAUUAA